GCCUGGCUGGGAGGCGGGAGGGAGCCCGCUCCUGUUGUUUUCCGCCUGCGGGAGUGGGCAGGCGGGCGCAGGGGGCGGGGUGCGCCCUCCCUCCCUGGCCAGGGCGCUCGGGAGCAGGGACCCGAGCCUGCAGCCGAGCGCCGCUCCCGGCCCUGGACACCCGGCUCAGCCAAGCAUCCUUCCUGGGGGCCGAGAAAGUGGGGCCACUCUGCCUUUCCGAGGACCUGGGAGGAGCCCUCGGUCCCCCGGGCCCCGGGGCCCUGGGGCACACACAUCCAGCCCAGCCCGAGCCUGCGUUUCCUGAGCCGGGAUCUGGGGCGAGAUGGCCGCGGGCGGCCGUACGCACGAGCCCCGCGUCCUCGUCUGCCUCGGGGCGCUCCUGGCCAGCUGGGUCGCCGUAGGAUUGGAGGCUGUUGUCAUUGGAGAAGUUCAUGAGAAUGUUACUCUGCACUGUGGCAGCAUCUCGGGACUGAGGGGCCUGGUGACCUGGUACCGGAACGACUCGGAGCCUGUCUUCCUUCUCUCGUCCAACUCUAGCCUCCAGCCAGCUGAGCCUCGCUUCUCUCUAGUGGAUGCCACCUCCCUGCACAUUGAGUCGCUGAGCCUGGGAGAUGAGGGAAACUAUACCUGCCAGGAGAUCCUGAAUGUGACUCAGUGGUUCCAAGUGUGGCUGCAGGUGGCCAGCGGCCCCUAUCAGAUUGAGGUCCACAUCGUGGCCACCGGCACACUCCCCAACGGCACCCUCUACGCAGCCAGGGGCUCCCACGUGGACUUCAGCUGCAACAGCAGCUCCAGGCCACCACCCAUGGUUGAAUGGUGGUUCCAGGCCCUGAAUUCCAGCAGCGAGUCCUUUGGCCACAACCUGACAGUCAACUCUUUCUCACUGUUACUAAUGUCGCCAAACCUCCAAGGGAACUACACCUGUUUGGCCAUGAAUCUGCUCAGCAAGAGACAUCGAAAGGUGACCACCGAGCUCCUGGUCUACUACCCCCCUCCAUCAGCUCCCCAGUGCUGGGCACAGAUGGCAUCAGGAUCAUUCAUGCUGCAGCUUACCUGUCGCUGGGAUGGGGGAUAUCCUGACCCUGACUUCCUGUGGAUAGAAGAGCCAGGAGGUGUAAUCGUGGGGAAGUCAAAGCUGGGGGUGGAAAUGCUGAGCGAGUCCCAGCUGUCGGAUGGCAAGAAGUUCAAGUGUGUUACGAACCACAUAGUCGGGCCAGAGUCGGGCGCCAGCUGCGUGGUGCAGAUCAAUAAACAAAAAUGUCCUCACAUUCAAAGCCAUCCUGGGACGAAUUUGGCCCACAGGCUGCAGGUUGGACAAGCUUGCUCUAGAGCGUCCAGAAGAAACCAGCUCUGCCAACACCUUGAUGUUAACCUUGUAAGAUCAUUCCAGACUCUUGGCCUCCAGAACUGGGGUCCCUCCCUUCUCUCUGAGCCCAUGAAGACUUGCUUCGUUGGGGGCAAUGUGACACUUACAUGCCAGGUGUCUGGGGCCUACCCCCCUGCCAAGAUCCUGUGGCUGAGGAACCUUACCCAGCCCAAGGUGGUCAUGCAGCCCAGCAGCCGCCAUCUCAUUACCCAGGAUGGCCAGAACUCCACCCUCACCAUCCACAACUGCUCCCAGGACCUGGAUGAGGGCUACUACGUCUGCCGAGCUGACAGCGCUGUAGGGGUGAGGGAGGUGGAAAUCUGGCUGAGUGUGAGAGAACCUUUAAAUAUCGGGGGGAUUGUGGGAACCAUUGUGAGCCUCCUUCUGCUGGGACUGGCCAUUACCUCAGGGCUUCUGUUGUAUUACAGCCCUGUGUUCUGCUGGAAAGGAAACACUUUCAGGGGACAAAACAUGGAUGAUGUCAUGGUUUUGGUGGAUUCAGAAGAGGAAGAGGAGGAGGAGCAGGAAGAUGCUGCAGUAGAGGAAGAGGAGGGAGCACAUGAGAGAGAAGAGUUGCCAAAAGAAAUACCUAAGCAGGACCACAUUCACAGAGUGACCGCCUUGGUAAAUGGGAACAUAGAACAGAUGGGAAAUGGAUUCCAGGAUCUACAAGGCUGGAGUGCAAUGGCACAAUCUCGGCUCACCACAACUUCUGCCUCCCGGGUUCAAGCGAUUCUCCUGCCUCAGCCACGCCACCUUGUUUCAAAUAUCAGCUCCUUGGAACAGGUGAAGUUCCAGGUACCAAUGUCAAUCAGAGGAAGGCAGUUUGGUUCAGGCUUUGGAGUUAGAAACACCUGAAGUUGAAUCUGGGCUCUGUUGCUUCCUUCUUUCAUGGGCUAGAGCACGACUCUUUACCUCUCUCUUGGCCUCAAUUUCCUCACCUGUAAAAUAGAUGAGGCAAUCGCUCACUUAUUGUUGUCUCGUUCUGAAAGCUUGGAAAGCUACAUUGAAGAUGAGCUCUUCAUUCAGCUUUGAUUUCACCUGUACCCCUAGUGGGGGCUUGCACUGGCAACAUUUGGGUCUCAGCAAAAAAACCAAGCACACACCUUUCCUUCCAUUUAUUGAAAAACAUCUUUGUAAGAUCCAUUCAUUGAAAAACAUAAUCCAUUUAUUGAAAAAUAUCUUUGUAAGAUCACCUGCUAAGUAUGAAAAUCUGACUUGAAUUUGUACUCUUUAAUGUUGCGUAUCUGCUCUAGUGGGCAGGACCUAGGGCUUAAAGGGGGACUUCCUUUCUCCAAUUCUAAGAACUGGGACUCUAAAAUGAGAAGCUGGUUGUCUGAAGUAACCCUGCAGGUGUGGUUGGGGAAGGUCUGUUUUCUUGGAUGAAGGAACUAAACUAAGCAUAUCAGAGCACUGUCUUAACCAGUUUUACUUCCCUGGAGAUAGAAUUCUUUUAAAAAGAGUUAGGGAGCUGGUAAUAGGAAGUGCCUUUCAUUAUAACUACAUUUUGCAGAGCUUCAUAUUUAUACACAAGCUUCCUAGGUGAUACACUAUUAGCUUGCAGACUUUCCUAUGCUUCAUUUCUCCUGUUGCUUUCAAAGAAGGCAGGAGACACGUUUAAUAACAGAGUAUCUGGUGAUAAGAAUUGCUUGGGCAAACCAGCUCAUCUGGACUGUUUCUCAGUCUUGGAAAUGGGAAGAGGAAAACUUGUUUCCUUCCUGCUUCUUAAGGAUAUUCUGAGGGUACGCUGAUCAAUAACACUAAAUUUGGAAUGAAAAUACCAUGUGAUGAGUUUAGCCUGCUGAUGCUUCCAGUAGAUCCUUGUAUAGUUUCAAGAUUUGAGUUUUCUGAUUUCAUAUAAAUUUCUUAAAGUCAAGGACCUUAUAAGGGUGCAAUGGAUGUGUGCUAAAUAUGAAAAACUGACUUGAAUUUGCACUCUUUAAUGUUGCGUAUCUGCUCUAGUGGGCAGGACCUAGGGCUUAAAGGGGAACUUCCUUUCUCCAAUUCUAGGAACUGGGACUAGAGAAGCUGGUUGUCUGAAGUAACCCUGCAGGUGUGGUUGGGUAAGGUCUGUUUUCUUGGAUGAAGGGAUUAAACUAAGCAAAUCGCUAGAAGUAUGCCCUGUCCUCUGCUCAGAACAUUGGGGAGCUCAAGAGUGGGCUGCAAUGUGCACCCCUCAGGAAUAGCUGUGAAUUGCAGUUCUACUGGCUUUUUGCUUUUUGUCUUUUGCUGCAAGGUACCCCACGUACUUAACCAUUCUCAACAGUGUAAAUCAGGGUCAUUUUAGAAUGAGAUACUCAGCUUGCUUCUAAAGUCACUGAAUUACUGAGUGAGUCUCUCCUUUCGAGUCUUCGGCAACCAAAUUCCAGAAUUGAAGAAUCUACUACUCAGAGGCAACAAGAUUAAAAGAAAACACAAAAACUGUUGAGGUGAAAAAAAACCCUAGCUAGGAACACAGAGAAUGUUUAGUAGGAUCACUGGGAUAUUUUCCACAACUUCCUCUUCUCUUGCACACACAUCUGUUGAUAGGAAAUAUUUGAGGGUUUUUCCACUACCAAAUGGGAGCUUCAUGGUCCUGGUGCCAAACACUAUAAAUCUUUGACCAGCUGAGCUGUGACUGCCAUCACACAUCUGAGUCCUGUGUGCACAUUAAUAUCCUGGGUCAGGUAAAAUCCAGGUCUUCAAGUUUUAAGGAUAUUUUGAAGAAUUCGGGCUUCUUUAAGAUGAUCCAUGCCCAGAUCCACAAGCUUGUUGACAGUGGAUUACAGUUUGUGUGGCAAAGUCCAAGUUGUUACACUGUGCUUUAAAAAAAAUCUUAUCUCUCAGGCUGGAGUGCAGUGGUGCGAUCUCGGCUCACUGCAAGCUCCGCCUCCCGGGUUCACGCCAUUCUCCUGCCUCAGCCUCUCCGAGUAGCUGGGACUACAGGCGCCCACCACCACGCCCGGCUAAUAUUUUUUGUAUUUUUAGUAGAGACAGGGUUUCACCGUGGUCUCGAUCUCCUGAUCUCGUGAUCCCCCCCGCCUCGGCCUCCCAAAGUGCUGGGAUUACAAGCGUGAGCCACCACGCCCAGCCCUGCAUGUAUUGUUAACUUAGAGACCAUGAGAUCUAUUUAUCAGGACCAGGAAGAUAAACACUUCAGGUCCAUUGCAACUGACUUUUUUCUUGUUUUUCUCAAAACCUGGUGGACCCUGGGAAGGGGGCCUCCACAAUUCUGUGGCUUUGAUAUUAGCUCCAAUUCUCACAAGCACAUACAAGCCCCAUAAUUGCCGCAGGAAAACACAAGAUGGAAAAUUGCAAUAACCCAUGCACUGAGACUUAGAAAAUCAUCCUUACUAGGUAAAAUGUACUAUGACGCAGUAAGUGCCACCUGAUAUUUCUCACGUUGGGACUGGCCAGGAACUGCUGCAAAGAAAAAUAAGCAGCUCCUUCUCCAUUAUUUACAUUUUAAGAUGUGGUGGGGGGAGGUUGGGAGAAAUUAGUUCUGAGGUUAUCAUAUGCAUUUUUUAAAAGAUAAUGGAAUAAAGCUAUUUUUAAGUAAGUGCUUUUGUGAUCUUGAUUGAGACCUGAUUAGUAAAUUGAAAGACUUGGAAAAACGAACUUGCCAAAAAAAUUUUUUUUACUGGCUUUUUAAAAAUUGAUAACAAUAUUCUUCUCCUCACCUCAGCCCCGCUUCUUUUUUUUUUUUUUCUCUCGAGACGGAGUCUUGCUCUAUUGCCCAGGCUGGAGUGCAAUGGCAAGAUCUCAGCUCACUGUAACCUCCGCCUCCUG